AUGAGUACAUACUUGAGUUGGUUGCCAUCAAUAGACGUUAGCUCUUACUUAAGGUACCCGGGUGGGAAUAAUAAUUCACAAACCUCUAAUAAUACAAAGACUUCAACACGAACAAUUCAGAGUGAAAAUAGCACAAUGUUUGGGUUUUUCGGUGGCUUGUUUGAUAGAGCUCCCAAAAUUGAAAAAUAUUCUCCUGAGAACUUAAGGAAUCUAAGUGAUCUUCUUUAUGAACGUUCAAAACCUGGAAAUGAUGAAAGAGUGGUUGAUGUAUUAAAGGAAAUGACACAAAUUUUGGUUUGGGGUGAUCAACACAAACCGACUAUACUUGAAUAUUUUUUUGAAAAUAAUAUACAUUAUGACAUUUUAAAUUUUUUGGAACAAACUAAUAGUCCAAAUGUAACGAAACAAAUAUUACAAACCAUGAAUAUUUUAUUUGAAAAUAUCCAUGAUCUAACUUCACUGUAUUUCUUGUUGUCUAAUAAUUUUGUCAACCGAAUAAUAUGUCAUAAAUUUGAUUUUUCGAAUGAUGAAAUCAUGGCGUACUAUAUUUAUUUAUUACGAACGUUAUCUUUUAAGUUGGAUACCAACACGUUAUUUUUCUUUUUUAAUGAGCGACAAGAUGAUUUUCCUCUAUAUUCGGAAGCGAUCAAGUUCUUUAAUUCGGAUGAGAGUAUGAUACGAGUUGCUGUUCGGACAGUGACAUUAAAUAUAUUUGGUGUUAAUAAUGCACAAAUGCAAGAAUUCAUUCUGGACAGAAACGCGGCUCCAUACUUCUCAAACUUGGUUAACUUUAUUUCCAACUUCUCGACAAUUUUGGACGACAUAAGCAAUUCGCCCAACUACCACAAUCAAUAUCAGAGAUUUAACUACUAUCUCGCAGAGCAUUGCGAUAAUUUUUAUUAUAUUAACGAUAUCAUAAAUUUGGACAAUGAAAAAAUGAACCAAGAGUUAACUUCGCACUUGAUGGAUCUUUUAUUGAAACCUGUAUAUGCAGAUAGUUUGGUUCACAGAAAGUUGUUACCGUAUAAGCAGUCAACGCGUAUAGAUUCGGUGGUGGCGCUUGCACUUUUGUGUCACGUUCUUCACAUAUUUCGUCAUCCGCCAUUAGUUACAGCGAUGGUUGCAAUGCUUUUUUCAAAUUCGCCAGAGUUAAUGGAUUAUCCGCAAUCACCUAGACUUGACACCACAUAUGCAAAUCCUUCUUCAUUAUUUAAAAAUAGGAAUCUUUAUCGAGAGGCUAUAAUGGGGAAUCAUGCGAUUGCACCAGAUAUACUUUUGGCUACAGAAGUUUAUUCUCAAAAGUUAUUAAAGACUCGUCGUUUGUUGGACUCAUUAGUGUCCGACACCGAGGAUCUAUCGAAUGACACACCCUUUUCGUUUAGUCACAGAGUUUCAUUUGAUACGGCAUCAAUGACAUCAACAGCAACUACUGCAUCACAGAGUAAACCGCUGAUUACGGAUGAUUUAGAUGGUGAAUUAUUAAAAUUAUCAACAAAUUCCAAGCCUGAUCAAUUAUUUGUGGAUGAUAUGGAUGAAACCCUAUACGAAUCAUCACUUGCUCCUUCCAUAAAAAUAACCGGAGAAAAUAAUUAUAAUUACCAGCAUCAAACAAGGAAUUACCGUGCGGAACUAGUUCAAAAUAUCAUCACACUUUUGUGCGUUCAUUAUCGAUUAUGUAGACCGAUUACACUUCAGAUGGCUGCAGAGGUAUUACUUGAGCUCUUAUAUUAUAAUGGUUCGGGAGAGUGUUUAACUCUGGAGCAAACAGAAAUGAUAAACAUAACUGAAAAAGUAUUACAAGAACGGGUGAAAAACUAUUUCCUGAAAAAUCACGAAUUUCAGUUAGACAAAUUCGAAAGGGCAGUUAAUGAAUCAAUGUUUGGAGGAGAUAAGUAUGUUGGAGAAAUUAUAAUGAAUGCAAAAUUAUUAUUUCCGCCACCAUCUCCAGUUCCACAAUCGACGUCGAUAGAUACCGAGGAUGAAAAUAUCAUCAGAGAUAUCAAAACACUUCACCUUCUUCGUCAAUCUCGUAUUCUAUUAUCAAGAAAAUCGAUAUUAGAAGAACCAACUUUUGAGGAGGUAGGGUAUAUAGAAGAAAAUAAGUAUAAAUCAGAAUUGGUUUACCAUAAUGGAUUAGUUGAUGAAAAUUUUGAUCAAGCCCGUCAACAAAUGUAUUCUACAACUACGAAAAAUGAUAACAAAACUCAUCAAAGAAGUGAUACAAAAGAUUCGACUUCAUCUUGGGUAAGUGUAAGUGAAGUUGAAAAAAGAAAGAAAACGGUGCUGGAAAAACUUGGUAUAUUAUUAUUAUAG